GUCUUCACUUCUUGUAAUUUUUCGAUGUGGGACUCCUCUUGCUUUGCUUAGAAUUGUGACUUGUAGUAAUGCUUCUUUGGUUAAAGUGAUGACCUCUCAAAGCAUGGUACGUGGAUGAUUUAGUCAAACUAGUUGCUCGGUACCAACAGUAGUCCAUAUUAAAAAGAAAUUUACAAAGAGGAUCAUAUCUAAGACUUUGGGUCAUAUCUAGGACAGUUUAAUAACGAAGAAGAAAGAAGAGGUUAAAGUCAAUGUUCAAACACCUUCCGUUCUUCUGACCGCAUAGCGCAGUGGAUUAGCGCGUCUGACUUCGGAUGAGAAGGUUGUUUUUUUCCUAUUAUUUUUGGUUUCUGUGAAGACUGGGGAAGACUAGAGGUUGAUUGUGGGGCUUUACACAUUCUGGGUAAAAAUGGCUUCCAUGGAACAACCCUCACCUCUGAAGCGGCGUGAGGCUUCUGCGUCAAGAAAAGAUGAUAAACUUAUCAUAACUCCUUUAGGAGCUGGUAAUGAAGUCGGCCGCUCUUGUGUGUAUAUGUCCUACAAAGGGAAAACUGUGUUGUUUGAUUGUGGAAUUCACCUCGCAUAUUCGGGCAUGGCUGCUUUGCCGUACUUUGAUGAGAUUGAUCCUUCCACAAUUGAUGUCCUCCUCAUUAGUCAUUUUCACUUGGAUCAUGCUGCUUCCCUACCUUACUUUCUUGAGAAGACCACGUUCAAGGGCCGAGUCUUUAUGACUUAUGCAACAAAGGCCAUCUACAAGUUGCUUUUGACGGAUUAUGUGAAAGUGAGCAAAGUUUCAGUUGAAGAUAUGUUGUUUGAUGAGCAGGACAUAAAUGCCUCAAUGGAUAAAAUUGAGGUUAUUGAUUUCCAUCAAACGGUAGAGGUUGAGGGCAUUCGAUUUUGGUGCUAUUCUGCUGGUCAUGUCCUUGGUGCUGCUAUGUUUAUGGUUGAUAUUGCCGGCAUUAGAGUCCUGUACACUGGUGAUUAUUCACGUGAAGAAGACCGGCAUCUUCGUGCUGCUGAGACCCCACAGUUCUCGCCUGAUGUGUGCAUUAUUGAAUCCACGUAUGGUGUACAGCACCAUCAACCCCGGCACAUCAGAGAGAAGCGAUUCACUGAUGUUAUCCAUUCAACCAUCUCUCAAGGGGGUCGUGUCUUAAUUCCUGCUUAUGCACUUGGCCGUGCCCAAGAACUUCUCCUGAUCCUUGAUGAGUAUUGGGCAAGCCAUCCUGAGCUCCAAAAUAUUCCUAUUUAUUAUGCUUCCCCACUUGCAAAAAGAUGUCUAUCUGUAUAUGAGACAUACACCCUUUCCAUGAACGAUAGAAUCCGCAAUGCAAAGUCAAAUCCCUUCAUAUUCAAGUACGUAUCACCACUAAAGAGCAUUGAAAAUUUCAAAGAUGUAGGCCCGUCAGUGGUGAUGGCAAGCCCUGGUGGUCUUCAGAGUGGGCUGUCAAGGCAGCUAUUUGAUAAGUGGUGCUCUGAUAAGAAAAAUGCGUGUGUUAUUCCAGGUUUUGUGGUUGAAGGGACACUAGCUAAAACAAUCAUCAAUGAACCGAAGGAGGUAACUCUUAUGAAUGGACUCAGUGCUCCUCUCAACAUGCAGGUCCAUUACAUUUCAUUCUCUGCUCAUGCAGACUCUGUUCAGACAACUGCAUUUUUGGAAGAGCUGAGGCCUCCUAAUAUAAUCCUUGUUCAUGGAGAAGCUAAUGAGAUGGGGAGGCUCAAACAGAAGCUGAUGACCCAGUUUGCUGAUCGUAACACCAAAAUCCUCACCCCAAAGAAUUGCCAGUCUGUUGAAAUGUAUUUUAACUCACAGAAAAUGGCAAAAGCUAUUGGAAGGCUUGCUGAGAAGACCCCUGAAGUUGGUGAAAGUGUCAGCGGUUUACUGGUAAAAAAAGGCUUUAGUUAUCAAAUAAUGGCUUCUGAUGAUCUUCAUGUCUUCUCACAGCUGUGCACAGCAAAUGUCAGACAACGGAUUACUAUCCCGUUUGCUAGUGGCUUUAUUGUGAUAAAACACCGGCUUAGCCAAAUAUAUGAGAGUGUAGAGUCUUCAGUGGAUGAGGAAUCUGGAGUGCCAACAUUGCGAGUGCAUGAUCAGGUGACGGUGAUGCAGGAUACAGAUAAACACAUUUCACUACAUUGGUCGUCAGAUCCUAUAAGUGACAUGGUGUCAGACUCCAUUGUGGCUCUUAUUUUGAAUAUCAACCGAGAAGUCCCCAAGGUAGUUGUCGAAUCAGAGGACGUAAAAACUGAGGAAGAGAACGGGAAGAAGGUGGAAAAGGUCAUUCAUGCACUUCUUGUAUCACUCUUUGGGGAUGUGAAGCCUGGAGAAAAUGGGAAACUCGUAAUUAGGGUUGAUGGGAAUGUGGCACAGCUUGAUAAACAGAGUGGGGAUGUUGAGAGUGAAAAUGAAGGUCUGAAGGAAAGAGUAAAGGCAGCAUUUCGUCGAAUCCAAAGUGCAGUGAAGCCAAUCCCUCUUUCUGCAACUUAGCUGCAUUGCUUCGAUGUUUACGUUGCUGUAUUUUGAGUUACUUUUGAAUUUUGUAAGCUAACAGAUGAAUACUAAACCCAUGUAUAUAAGUUAUAACAGCUAGACACUUCAAUUCAAAGGAUUGGGAACCCUAGUAUUAUUAAUAAAAAUCUAUAUAGAUAAAGUCAGAAGACCUUGAAAUUGGAACAUUCAAAA